AUGACGCGCAGCGCAGCGCGGACAGCGCCCUGGGUGGCGGCGCUCUUGGCGGCAGCGCUGGAAGAGCAGCACGUGGACGCGCAUGCAGCAGCAGCCGUCAGCUUGGCCAGCCGCCACACCUUUAGGCGCUUGCCGCGCCAGGCGGAUGGGAGCGACGUGGCGGUGGGCGAUGUAUCACAGGACCCGGCGCCAGAGGUCCUGGACGAGUCGUUCCAGCCAAACCCGACAGGCGACAGCACGGGCGCUGGCGGCGCCACUGGCAGCGUUGAAAACCCGCUGGCGCAGGCAACAGAGGAGGACGGCUUCGAAGUGCAGGAGAAGCCUGCCGGCGAGGCGCCCCCCGUGGCGGCGCCCGCCGUCGUGGCCGCAGCUUACAGCAACUUCACUUACAAGGUGAUGGACAACCUGGGGAGCUACACGGGGGAGGUGCAGAGCCAGGUGGCGCAGCAGCUGGCGCAGCAGAUUGGGGUGCAGCCGCAGCAGGUCGCCCUGACAACGCCCAACUUCCCAGUCUCCAGCCAGACGGCCACGAUGGCGGUGACGGUGUAUGCCGCCAACGGCACCGAGGCGGACGAAGUGGCGCGCAAGCUGAACGACGAGGAGGCGAUGAGCAACGCCAUCCAGCAGUACCUGGCCACCCGCACCGACGCGGCCGCCGGCUUUGACGCCGUCAGCACGCUGCCAGAGGCGUCGGCGCCCACCAGCGUGUCGGUGGCGCUCACCGCCGCCGACGUGGCCAAAAACACGGACCAGAGCGUGAUAGGCGUGGCCACCCCCACCAACAUGCAGUCCCUGCUCACCUCCGCCGGCAUGCCCUCCGGCACCCUCGUCUCCAUCACGUCCACGCCCACGCCCAACGGCCCCUCGCCCUCCCCCAGCCCAGCCAGCAGCCCGUCGCCCUGCCCAAGGCCCAGCCCCAGCCCCAGCCCCUCGCCGCCCAGCGACAGCAGCGGCAGCGGCAUUGCCGUCUGGGUGUGGGCGGUGGUGGGCGUCUGCGCCGGCCUGGCCAUUGCGUCCCCCCCCGAGCCCCAGCAGAUGCACAGCAACCCGCUGGCUGCGCUGGACGACGACGAUGACGGCACCCCCAUGCCUGUGGCCAUCACCGCGGAUGAGGACCAGGUCUUCCAUCUCGCCGCCGCCGCGGGCGUGGCCGGCGCGGCCGGCGCGGCUGCCGGCGGCGGCAAGCUGGGCGGCCUCAUGCGCAAGCUGACGGGCAGCAAGAGCUCAAAAGAGAUGGACAGGGCGGCGGCGGCGGCCUCGGCGCAGGCAGCGGCCGAGGAGGAGGCGGCGGCGGCGGCGGCGGCGCGGCAGCCGCCCGCUCUGUCUCCGCGCUACGACUCUGCGGGCAGCGAGCGCGGCGCGGCGGCGGCCUCUCCCAAGCCCUCGCCCCGCCCCGCCUCCCUGGCCGAAAUCUCGCCGGCGGAUGUGGUGAUGGUGACGCCGCCCGGCGGAGGGCCGCCCGUGCCCAUGCUGCCGUUGGCGAAUGCUGUGCACAAGGUCAACAAGCAGCCAGUCAGCAUCAAGUUCUACGGCCGCAUGGAGGACUUCAACCGCGAGCGCCAGCUCUACUCUCUGGCCAUCUCCCCCCAGUUUGUUCCCAUGAUGUACUUUUGUGAGGAAGGGUCGGAGGACCUGCCCCCCUUCAUCAUCACCGAGCGCGGCGACUUCACGCUGUGCGACGUGCUGCGCAAGAGCCGGCCGCCGCCGCAGCAGCAGAAGAUCCUGCUGCAUGACGUGGCCGCCGCGCUGAGCCAGCUGCACAGCAUGGGGCUGGUGCAGAUGGACAUACGCCCCGCCAACAUCAUGUUCUUUGGCAAGGAGGGUGCCUGGAAGCUGGUCGACUUUGAGAACUGGGCGUGGAGCGGGCAGGCGGCGGAUGUGUCGUACGCGCUGCGCUACACGUCGCCAGAGAUCCCUGCCGCCGACCUGGCGGGCGAGGCCACCAUCGCCGCGGACCCAUCCAUGGACAUGUUUGCGCUGGGCAUACUGGCCUUUGAGGUCAUGACCGGCAAGCGCUUCUACGGGGAGGACACCAGCGACUCGGAUGUGCUGCUGAUGCUGAUGGGCCACAAGCAGCUGCCCAGCGAGGGGGAGGGCAGCGUGCUGGCGCAGGUGGUGGACCGCAACUCGCAGCGCCUGCUGCGCCACCUCAUCCGCCGCAACCCCAGCAUACGGUGGGAUGCGGGCAAGGUGGCCAGCUGCCGCUGGCUGGGCAGCUCCGACUUCCAGGCGUACCGCGUCACAGGGUGA